AUGGCGCCCAACGAAAUCUACCAGUACUCGCUGGUCAACGCGCUGAUGUCAGGCGUAUCAGACUCGGGCAUCACGGCGGCUCAGCUCGCGGAGAAGGGCAACCAGGGGCUGGGGACGUUUGUGCACAUGGACGGCGAGCUGCUGCUGCUCGACGGCACAGUGUACCAACUGCAAGCCGAAGGCAAGAUUCGCGUGGCCUCACCCACCGACCAGAUCCCCUACGCGGUGAGCACGCAUUUCGAGCCACAGCAGACGGUGACCGGAGCGGCCGCCCGGCUGGAGAGUAAGGAGGCCAUCGACGCCGUACUGGAACGCCACACUCACCACGCGGGCAACCUGUUCAUGGCGUACCGCGUCGACGGCCAGUUCCGCCGGCUCAAGUGCCGCACCGUCCAGGGCCAGGAAUACGAGGGCCAACCGCUGGCCGAGCUGGGCAAGAAGCAGUUUGUGGCCGAAUACAGCGAUGUUGAGGGCACCAUCGUGGGCUUCCGAUCGCCGCAGGCCUGGCAAGGCUUCUUCGUGGCCGGUGAGCAUAUGCAUUUCAUCGACAAAGACAGGAACGUCGGCGGCCAUGUGCUCGAGCUCGAGGCCGACCAUGUUCGCAUCGGCAUCGCCACCAUCAACAACAUUCAUAUCCAGCUACCGACGUCCGACCAAUUUAAUGCCGCUGUCAUGUCGACGGACGACGUCGGGCUGAAGUCGGUCGAAGGUUGA